CAGCUUACGUUGGUGUCCGGUAAGAGCAGGGCGGAGGCCCGUUAAACGCCACCGUUCGUGCGCGCGCGUCAGUAAAGGACGUGUCUGUGAAUCUUCAGCACCGACAUUUUUCCUGGAUGACUUCGAACGGCUUUUAACUUAACGGCGUUUAACGGUUCGUAACGGCGUUUGUAACGGGGAGCUCGUCAAGCAGCUGGGGCGGCUGCGUGUUACGCCUGCUGGCUUCUUACGUCAUCGCUGCUGUUUCUGCGUUUCUCUGCGGGUUUCUAGAAUCUGCGGGUCGCUCUGGAAUGGCUCAGUCGGUCCUUUCAUCUCCUUUCAUCCGCGGGAAAACAAUGACAUAACGCGGCCUCGUCAGCGGCCUUCAUCCAGGGGCGGCUCCGCGGUUUCCGGGGAUCAAGGUGGGCAGGAGCCAUUGUUGAAAGGGGGGACAACAGGAAGUAACUGAACCCCCCCACCUGAAGACAUUUCCCUUCAGAUGCCCCCCACCGCAGACCUUCCUGACCCGUCCUUCCAGACGUCUGGGAUUCCCGCAGAGCCGGGCGCCGCCUGAAAACCGCCACCGUUUCCCUGCGCCUCCAGUCGGCUGUGGACCAUGGACGGCCCCCCCCAGCUGUCUGGGGAGACCCUGAUCGUGCAUCACAUCCCGCUGGUGCACUGCCAGGUGUCGGGGGGCCGGCAGGGAGACUGUGGGAACUCGCUAAGGAGCGGCAGCCCCUUCAGCCCCCCAGAGAACCUGGGGCUGAGCCGCACCACCUCCCUGCCGGAGCGAGAUGUCCUCCAGAGAGAAGCUCUGCUCUACAGCAGCCUGAUCCACACCUCCAGCAGCUCCUGGUCCUCCCACUCCGGAGGAGGAGCAGAAACAAAGAGGGGGGGCAGCACGGCCAGUGGAAACUCGUCUUUUACUUCCAGUAUUUCAGAGGAGCAGCUCCCUGCUGUGCACACGCUUCCCAGAGCCAAACCCCGGAGCGAGACCCCUUCACGCCACAACCCCUUCCUGCUGCACGCAGAGGAGGAGGAGGAGGAGGAGGAGGAGGAGGACCACAGCCUGAGUGGAUACCUGGAGGACUCCUCCUUCCUCCUCCACAGCGACACUAGCGGUGUCGGUGGGACGGCUGCCUUUCAUUUGCACCAUCUGGACUUUGCUGCUGAGCCUUUUGUUUUGCACGGAUCGGAGGGAAAGAGGCGGGACUCCUUUAGGGGCGUGGCCUCUGACCUGGACAGCCGGCGCUGCCUGGGAAGCAGCGGCUCCAACACGUCCAUGGACUGUGGAGAGCAGGACUGGGCGGACGACAACGAAGUCGAGGAUCAGUCCAUGAGGUGCGGCCGAUGCAGCAAGCCGGGUUCGGACUCGUCGGGGUCGACCUCGCAGCUCUGCUCCUUCUGCGACCCGACGCACUGCCAGCACAACUUCCCCGACGCCUUCUCCGACUUCCAGCCGGCCUACGGCAGCGACUCGUCCUGCAACAGCUCCGACGGCGUCCUGGUCAACUUCAGCGCCAUCUUCAACAAGAUGAACAAUGGCAUCCGUGAGAAACCGGCCCGGUCCGGUUCAGCCAACUUGAACCUCGAGGGUUUCGAGGGGCCGGGCCAGACUGCAGGAGCUUUCUACCUGGACCUCCACACUUCGCCAACUGAGCCUCUGCAGCCCCCCCCCUGCCUGUCCAACAACCUCCCCGUCUCCUCCACCUGCUCCUGCUCUGCCGAGUACCAGGGGGCUCUGGACCUGGAUGCCAACUGCAACUCCUCCCUCCCGCCCUGUGCCGGUUCCUCUGGCGAGCUCGCCACCUGCCUGCAGAGUCAGGCGCGCCUGGUUGUCGCCACCCAGAACUACUACAAGCUGGUCACCUGCGACGUUUCAUCGCAGUCGUCUGCGAGUCCCGCAGGCUCCUCGGCCAACAGCUGCUCCGAUGAGCACAGCAAAGGCAGCCCCACCCCGACCCAACCCAACGAGUACUUCCUGUUCAAGCAGAGGGCCGAGGGGGCGGAGCCAGAGGACCAAGACUGGGGGUCGUCUCCAUCAGACCAGGACGAGGAGGAGGAGAAGAAGAAUCGCCUGGCAGUGGGCGGGGCUAAAGCUGCUCUUCCUGUGAUUGAAGGCAAGGUGUAUGUCAACGUGUCCCCUCCCACAGCUGCACAGGGUGUCAUUGGAGGCCCCGCCUCCUCUUCAAGCCGCCCUCGCUCCCGGAGCUACGAUCGCAACCUGGACAGGUCUCCCUCCCCUCGACUCGGAUCUCGGGAGCGCAUGCUGAGCUGCCCCAUGCGUCUGAGCGAGGGCGCCACCCAGGUCCCGCCCACCCCUCCUCGUGUCACUUCCUUUGCAGAGAUUGCCAGAAGCAAAAGAAGAAACGGGGGCUCUGGUGGAUCUCCGUCACAGAAAGCGCCUCCAGAGGGGUUCUCCUCCAUCUGCUCCAACAACUCCCACUCUUCCUUGGAUUUCUCUCCAAUCCUGGAGGGCAGGGUGGAAGAGGCCACGCCCACCUCACCAGCUGUUCCUUUUAUCAGAUGUUACAGUCAGGGAAGCAUGGAGCGCCAGCUGGAAGGAGCCAAGGAGAGUCCGGCCAGAGGACGAGGAGGCGUGUCCUCGUCCUCAGAGGUGGUCCGGUACAGUAAGGAGCAGCGGCCCACCACCCUCCCCAUCCAGCCCUUCACCUUCUACCAGCAGUUCAUGCUCAAGCCGCCUCAGCCCAAGCCCCCGCUGCUCUCAGGGAUGCAGGCCCGGUCCAGUUCUGGUUCUGGAGCAGACAAAGGCCCAGAAGACGCAGCAGAGGACCAGGACAGUCGUGUCAGCGCUCCGGCGGCCCCCCUCCAGCCAGUCCGGCUCUCUCCACUCGGGAGCUACUCUCCCGUUGGCCUCCAGGGGGCGCCCAGCUCUGGAACCUGUUCCACCUGUACCCCCAGCCCUCGGCCCCCACACGGCCCCUACUGCCAGAGAGAGGGAGGACCAUCAGCUCCAAAACCAGGCUCUCCUCCCACACAUCUAGGGGUAAAGAGAGGCUCGGUGCUCCCCCCCAUGCUGCCAGCUGAGCAGGGACAGUGUCUUCAUUCAGCAGCCCUCCCCAGUGGCUGUUUGAGCCCCCAGAACUACCAGGACUGUGGAAAGGAGGGGGAGAAGGGACCUACCAGGACACAAAAUGCUCACCACCUCUCUCCCCAGGCUCUGAAGUGGAGGGAGUACCGUCUGCGACACCCUCUGAGAGGAGGGGGCUCCUCUGCCCCCUCUGGUACCAGGGACUUCGGAGGGGGUGGGUGGCGCCGGCCUGCCCGCCUGAACGUGUUUGAUAUUCCUGCUACUCAUGGGGGCCUCGGACUGGGACCCCCCCAUGGCGCUCAUCCUUUUGUCUUCAGUGUGGGAGUGGCUCAGUCGGACUUCCUGCCCGAGUAUUUCUCGCUGACGGAGAAACCCCCAGAGGAGUUCUGCCUGUCGCCUGAUGCCUCCUCCUCCUCCUCCCACAUCGCCGUGGAUCUGACGCCGAAGAGAGCUCUGGUGAAAGCCGUGAACACCGCCGUGGAUCUGAUCGUGGCGCACUUCGGUACCAGCAGAAACCCGGAUGUGAAGGCCAAACUGGGAAACAGCUGGGUGAGUCCAAACGUGGGUCACCUGAUCCUGAAGUACCUGUGCCCCGCCCUGCGGGACGUCCUGCAGGACGGCCUGAAGGCCCACGUGCUGGACCUGAUCAUCGGUCAGCGCCGCUGUCAGCCCUGGAGCGUGGUGGAGGCCUCCACCCAGCCAGGUCCGUCCACACGCCUCCUCCACAGCUUGUUCUCCAGAGUGAGCCAGUUUCCGGAGCUGUCCAGCGCCGCCAUGAGGCUGAACGCCUUCGUCUUCGGCCUCCUGAACCUGAAAUGCUUGGAGUUCUGGUUCAGUCAUCUUCACACACAUGAAGACAUCAUCGCGGUCCAUUACAGCCCCUGGGGGCUCCUCCCCCUGUCGGGCGGAGCCUGUAGGGACCUGUUUGAGGAGCUGCUGCUCCUCCUGCAGCCGCUGGCGCUCCUCCCCUUUGACCUGGACCUGCUGUUCGAGCCACACCUCCUGCAGAGGGGGCAGGAGCACCUCCGCCACAAGGAGCAGCUCUGCUCUGCAGGCCAAAGCACGCUGCCCUGCACAAGCUCCACCCUCCAGCUGAUGAGGGGGCGGGGCCCCAGCAAACACUUAGAGGAGGGCGGCGCUGCACCCAGACGGGUAAUCGGGGCUGAGUGUACAAAGGAAGUUGGCGGCGGGAAAGAAGGCGCGGCUGGACGCUGCGCAUGGACAGUUAGGGGGGCCGAGGGGCCAAAGGGGAAAGAUGCGGGGACGAUAGAGAGGACGGGGGAGGGGCUCAGAGAGAAAACCCCGGCGCCUGAGGGGAGGCAGGACCGGCAGGCGGGGUGGUGGUUCCAGCUGAUGCAGUCGUCCCAGGUCUACAUCGAUCCCUCCAGCAACGGCUGCCGGUUCGUGAAGGCCGACCGGAGGAAGCGCUCUGUGGAGAGGCCCCAGGAUCACCCGCCCCCCAGGGUGGGGGUGGUGGAGGGGGCAGAGUCCAGCCGAGAGGGGGAAGGAAGGAAAAGCUGUGGAACAGACUCGGCUGGAUUACAGGGGGGGUCUGGGUGGAUGGGCAGCCCCCCAGAGUCUGUCGUCAACCAGGAGGACCCCGGCCCUGACGGACCUGCAGCGCCCCGGGGCCGCCCGGCACAGGCCCAGAGUCUGCGCUGGGGGAGACUCUUUGGAGGGAGGCGAGAGGGAGCCAAGCAGAACACAAAACCCCCAAAGUCCAGGCCUCCGUCCGGCUGGCUCGGCCUGGAUGGUUCUGUUCUGGACCUCGUGGCUCUGACCGUCGGACCCGGCAGUGGGAGGAAGGCAGAGCCCCCCCCAAGCCCCGCCCACACCACGGCCCCUCCAACAGAAACCCGACCAGCUCCUUUCCGGGGGGUGCGUGCUCUGUGCCACCACAUCGCCACAGAACCGGGUCAGCUCAGCUUCAACAAAGGAGACGUCAUGCAGGUUCUGAGCAGAGCCGACCCGGACUGGCUGCUGUGCUCGCUGGGCUCCUCGCGGGGCCUGGUUCCCAUCGUCUACGUCACCCCGCACAGCAUGGAGGACAGCCAGGAGGCCGCCGGCGCCACGCGGCUGUGACACGGCCCAAAACAUGCGCGAGCAAACGUCCACGUGAGAGUGCAUGCAUCCAUCCAGAACAGCUGACCUCUGACCUUUCCUCCGCCAGCUUCCUCUGCAGUGUAUAGAAAAGAAAUCUGUUUUUUUAUCCAAACCCGUCACAGCCGUGACCUCCCGCUUCUAAAAACGCUGUGGGGGGGUCACUGCUGCAAACAAACCUCUGUAAGGGGGGGAGCUCAAGAAAGAUCUGAGUGUGAGGUUUCAGUUUCGGGUUCUUUUCAGUUUCACUGCGUGUCCAAGGGAGAACUGAGGAGGUCAGGACAAACGUUUGCCCCCAAAUCUGAGGAAUACCGUGAUCAGAUGAGCACCGCAGGUCAGGAAAGGUCAGGGAGCCUCUGUUGGUGACACGAAAACCUCUGCUCCUAAAACGAAAAACUCUGUUGAAAAUGUCAAAAGACCAGGCCACGCCUCUGUGGGCCAGGCCACGCCCCUGGAAACCAGUCUGGUCUCAAAUCAAACGGCAUCCAUCAUGAAGGUCGUGCCUCAGAGCAACCGUCGGUUCUGGUAGUUUGGAGCUAAAUCCCCCGACAUCAGAAUUUACUUAGUAACCGGUGUUGGCCUUCCAAGCCGCCAUUUUCACCCCGUCACCAUGGAAACCGCUGCCUCUGACGUCAGACUGUGGAACAGAAGUUCCUGGCUGUCAUGUCACUCUUAGCCUGAAGAGGGCGCCCCCCUCACAAACAGAUGGAUGGUUACGCCGUUCCAGCAGGUUGUUUUCAGAUGGGGGGGGGGGGGGGGGGGGUAUGAAGAAUGCAGAGAUCAGAGAUGCUCGUAUGAAGUUUUCAGUUUCAUUAUUGUACAGUUUUUAUUUUCAUCUUGAUCUUCACAUUUGAUCUCCCAGCCUGUACAUAGAUCUGGUUGUGCCGUUCUCCCAUGAUGCUCUGCUGUCUGUAUGAAUGUUCCAGCUGUAGCAUCCUCAUCUUUGGUUCUGCAGCUGAAGGUUUGUGUCCUGAAGGAGAACCUGAAGACGCUCCGCAUCACCGUGUCGCACUUUAGCACUACUCCAACCAACGACUGGAUGCUCAAUAAACAAGUGAUCCAGCCGC